AUGAAAGCUCUAAUAGUCUAUGCUCAUCCAAGCGAAACAAGUCUUAACUAUGCUGUCAAAGAAUCAUUGAAACUCGGAUUUAUCGAUGCAGGAUGGGAGGUGAUUGAAAGUGACUUAUACAAAAUGGGGUAUAAGCCUUGCCUUGAUAGACACGACUAUCCAACAUUUACAGAAGAUGCUUUUAGUAUUGACAAAGCCUCUUUGAAGGCUCUUGAAGAUCAUACUUAUGACAGAGAAAUCGAGAUCGAAAUGGACAAAAUUCGAGCAGCAAAUAUCAUUGUGUUCCAAUUUCCUGUUUGGUGGCAAACGACACCUGCAAUUUUGACAGGGUGGAUGCAGAGGAAUUUCCCUAUAGGGUUUGGGUGGCCUGACCCUGUUUUAAAUGGGAAAAAAAUAUUAUUCUAUAUAUGUCAGCUCUCUGUUUAAACAUUAUUAUAUUAUAGCCAAAUUAAAUAGAGAAUAGUAUAAUGGGUUUAAUUGUAUUAGCUGAAUAUAAUGAAGGACAGACUAGUAUCAUGUACAGCUGGAAAUAAUCCAAAAGAAGAGCUUGAAACGGUCUUAAAAGUAUUUACACACCCUAUAGAAUUUAUGGGUGGGAAAAUCCUGCCUUUAUUAAUCAUUACUAAAGUAAAUACUAUGACUGCAGAAGAAAGGGAAAGUGAACUGACUUAUGCAAGAGAAAGAGCGCGUGAGGUCGCAACAAAUUUUAAUGAAGCUUAA